AUGAUUCUGUCUCCGAUCCGACGGGUGAUAUUUUUUCUACUUUUGGACAUUGCGUGCUCUGGACGACUUUUUUGGAGGUUUAAGGAUCGCGUCCAUAGACUGCGAGAGCAAAGAGGAAAACAACAUUUUUUGAUGCGCGCCCUGAGCAAAUCUGGACACGUGGCUCGUCCAAAAGAGGGAUUCAUUCACCAGCCUCUGGAUCAUUUUGAUGGUGAAAACACCGAGACCUUUUCUCAGAAAUUCUAUGUGAAUGAUUUUUAUUGGGACCGCCCUGAGGGACCAGUCUUCCUCUACAUUGGGGGAGAGGGGCCUAUGUCUGAAACCAGUGUGUUAGCUGGUCAUCAUGUGGAGAUGGCAGAGGAGUUUGGAGCUUUGCUGGUGGCUUUGGAACACCGUUUCUAUGGUGACAGCAUCAACCCCGAUGGCUUGGAAGUCGAGAACCUGGUUUACCUCUCAAGUCAACAGGCUCUGGCAGACCUGACUACCUUUCACCGCCACAUUAGCCAGCAGUACGACCUCUCUCAUAAGAACACCUGGAUCAGUUUUGGCGGCUCUUACGCCGGAGCCCUGUCCGCGUGGCUCAGGGGAAAGUUCCCCCAUCUCAUUUUCGGCGCUGUUGCCUCCUCUGCCCCGGUACGAGCCAAACUUGACUUCUCCUCGUACAAUAAGAUGGUGGGUUUAAGUCUUAUGGAUGAAAGCGUUGGAGGCUCAAACAAAUGUGCAGGGAACGUGUGGGAGGCGUUUGCGGCGGUGGAGGCCGCCCUCUUUGCGGGGAACACCACUGAGGUGGGGAAGGACUUCGAUUGCUGUGAAACUCCCGACAGCGACGAUGACCAGAUCGAGCUGAUGCAGAGCCUGGCUGACGUUGUCAUCGGAAUUGUCCAAUACAACGAAGAGGGCGGUCCCCUAAGCAUCAGCCAGCUUUGUGACAUCAUGACCAAUAAGAGUGAAAGUUAUGACGAAGAGUUGGAGGCAUAUGAUCGGUUGAUCAAAGUAGUGGAGAUUUAUCAAGAUUCCGAGGACACCCCCUGUCUGGAUGCGUCCCACGAGCAGACGAUAGAGGAGCUGAGUAACACCACAGUGACAAAGACCGGCUCGUCCAGGCAGUGGUACUAUCAAACCUGUACCGAGUUCGGCUUCUAUCAGACGUGUGAAGACGCGAGCUGCCCUUUCUCUCGCAUGCUGACCCUUCAGUCUCAGACCGAGCUCUGCCCCCAAGUGUUCGACAUCCCCACGCACACCCUGCCCGAGCGGAUCGCGUUCACUAACCACUACUACGGAGGAAACCGCCCAGAAACACAUCACGUCCUCUACGUCAACGGUAAAAUUGACCCGUGGCAAGAGCUGAGCGUUUUGCAUAAUGGGACAGCCAUGGAUAGAGACAGGGCUCUCCUCAUCCCUGACACCGCCCACUGCGCCGACAUGAACCCCGCUAAGGCUGAGGACAGACCCACCCUGCAGCAUGCCAGGGAGCACAUCAAAAGGCAUGUUGCCAUCUGGCUGAAGGAAGCAGCGUGGAAUCACAUGAUUUGA